AUGACGCCAGAAGAGGUGACGAUAGGGACGGCGCCUGGUGAGGAUGGAAAGAGGGUGCAGUCGCAGGAUCCGGCCGCUGUGGAGUCGGACAACGAGACGCUGCUUCAAAGUGUCGAAGAGAAGAAGUUGGUGCGGAAGCUGGAUCUCUACAUUAUCCCGCUUGUAAUGGCAUUGUAUCUGUUUAGUUUCUUGGACAGAGUUAAUAUCGGCAACGCUCGAUUAUAUGGCCUUGAGGAAGAUCUCCACCUCUCAUCCCAACAGUUUCAAGUCGCCGUUUCCAUCCUCUUCGUCACAUACCUCCUGUUCGAGGUGCCCUCAAAUCUUGUUCUCAAGCUAUUUACUCCACGACGGUGGAUCGCAUUCAUCGUUACGGCAUGGGGUGUCAUUGCGACUCUUACCGGAUUAGUAGAGUCAUACGGCUCGCUCAUCGUCUGUCGUUUGCUUCUGGGAGCUGUUGAGGCGGGCUUGUUUCCAGGUCUCAGCAUCUAUCUCACCUUCUUCUACACCAAACAUGAGCUUGCCUUGAGAAUAGGCUAUCUCUUUGUCAGCGCUGCUAUAGCGGGCGCCUUGGGCGGAUUACUGGCCUAUGGCAUUGGACACAUGGACGGUGUUUGCGACAUGAGUGGAUGGCGGUGGAUUUUCAUUAUCGAGGGCAUUCCAAGCGUGGUACUUGGAAUCGUCACGUUGUAUGCGCUGCCUAAUGAUGCGGCAUCUGCGGAUUUCCUUACCGAAGAGGAGAAGGUGUUGAUGGAAGAGAGACACAAGCGGGAAUAUGGAAACACAGCUUCCAGCCGCGAGCUUUUACAGACUGGAAGGUAUGGGCCUUUUCGCUUUUCAACUUUCUUGCCCACCAUUAUCAGUGCUCUCGGCCAAUGGACUACCGCUCAAGUUCAACUUCUCACUAUCCCAUGCUACUUCCUAGGAGCAGUAGCAUAUAUGAGCAUGGCCAUGCUAUCUGAUCGGCUCCAAAUGAGAGGAGUCUUCUGCGUCAUCUUUGGCAUGAUAAGUGUCGUUGGGUAUGCCGUACUGUUGUCCGAUUCGUCACCCGGAGUACACUACUUUGGGUGCUUUCUUGUUGCUGCAGGGCUCUACGUCGUCGUCGGUCUUCCAAUUGCAUGGCUACCGACCAACACCCCUCGGUACGGCAAGAGAACAACUGCCACGGGGAUGCAACUUACCUUUGGCAACGCAUCCGGAAUCAUGUCCGCCUUUAUAUACCCCGCGCUUGACAAACCACGCUUCAUCCGUGGCCAUGCCGUUUCUCUCAGCAUGGUUGGCUUUGGCACCUGCAUUUAUGCCUUUCUAUGGUUCUGGUUCUGGAGGGCAAAUAAAAGCCGUGAUGCUGGAGAGUUGAGUGAAGAGCACCAGGGGCUGCAAGAAGAUGAGCUUAAGGAACUUGGAGACGACAGCCCUCACUACAGAUACACGAUUUAA